AUGAGUGCUACUACCACGGUAUCGUCGGACCAGCGUGUCGAGGAUGAGAAGACAACACCGGUGACGAACCUCGAGGCGGCGGCACUAGUAGUUGAGCCCAAGGAAGAAGAGUAUCCUCAUGGCCUGCAAUUGGUAUUUGUGGUGUUGGGAAUAUUGCUAUGCUUGUUUCUGGCAGCGCUUGAUAUGACCAUUGUGGCCACGGCCAUUCCUAAAAUUACAGAUGAAUUCCGCGCCAUCGACCAGGUCGGGUGGUACGGCUCCGCGUUCUUCCUGACACUGGCCGCCUUCCAGUCGUUCUGGGGGAAGCUGUACCGAUACUGCCAUUUAAAGUACACGUACCUCGCAGCAGGCGUCGUGUUCGAAGUAGGCAGCCUGGUUUGUGCCACGGCCAAGGACAGCACUGCACUCAUCAUCGGACGAGCCGUCACCGGCAUCGGGGGCGCCGGUCUCUACUGCGGAACGUACACGAUCAUCGCGUUCAUCGUGCCGCCGGCGCUGCGGGCCCGGUACACCGGCCUGGUCGGCGUCUCCUACGCGGUCGCGAGCGUGGCCGGCCCGCUGAUCGGUGGUGUCUUUACCGACAAAAUCAGCUGGCGAUGGUGCUUCUACAUCAACCUUCCGAUCGGCGGCCUGAGCCUGGCCCUCAUCCUGCUUUCCUUUAAGCCACCCGCCGCGGCUCGGCCGGUGCCGGCGCGGCUCUCCGAGAUCCUGCUGCAGCUGGACCUGCUCGGCGUGGCGCUCGCGGUCGUCGCCAUGGUGUGCUUCUUUUUGGUGACGCAGUGGGCGGGUGCGAGCCGCCCGUGGGACUCGGCGUCCGUGAUCGCCUGCCUGGUCGUGUCGGUGGUGGCGAGCGGCCUGUUUAUCGGGGUGCAGGUGUGGCAGGGCGAGAGGGCGUCCCUCGUGCCCCGGAUCCUGUCCAAGAGAGUGAUUUACGGGGUGGCUGCCUUUGCCUUCUUUCAAAACGGGAUGAACUUUUUCUUCACGUAUUACAUUCCAAUUUACUUCCAGUCCAUUGACAACUACUCGGCGGCACAAAGUGGAAUUUACAACUUGCCACUCAUCUUCGGAGCUUGUUUCUUCGCCAUCAUCUCGGGCUUCCUCAUCACCAUCUACGGUUACUAUACCGUAUACAUGGCAGCAGGAAGCGCGGCCUGUACUGUCGCGGCUGGUCUGCUGUAUACCAUGGGCAUGCACACACCGCUCGCCCGCCCGCUGGGAUACCAGAUGCUCCUCGGCGCCGGACAAGGCCUGGCGAUCCAGGUUCCCGUCAUCGUCGCCCAAGCAAUGUCCGCCCCAGAAGACAUCUCCGCGAGCACCGCCAUCAUCCUCUUCUUCCAGAUGACCGGCGGCGCGGUAUGCAUCUCGGCCGGCCAAUCGGCCUUCAUCAACCGACUGCUGUAUUACCUCCACAGCAUCGCGCCUGGGAUCGACGCCGCGCGGAUCGUUACCAUCGGCGCGUCAGAUCUGCGAGCCCAGGUAUCUGCGGCAGACAUCGACGCGGUCUUGCAGGCGUAUCUCGGAGCGCUUAAGGACACCUUUGCGCUGGGCGUGGGGUUUGCAGGCUGCGCGUUCCUGGCGAGCUUCAUCGCGCCGAUACGGAAUUUGUCAAACGGCUCCAAGGUAAAUGUUAUGGCGGCUUUGUAA